AUGGAGAACAUGAUUAAAUCAGCCGGAGCAACCCGGCAAAGCAACAAUAGCCGAGAUCCGACCACCGUGGGCGGAGGAGGGGCUGCGAGCAGUUGCACCCUCCUCCACCCAGUCGGACGCCUGCGGCUUUUAGAAGGAACCGGUCACAGCGAGGUGGCCACGUGCGCCAGCGGAUCCAUCCGCCGGGUACUCGCGUCCGACCAUGAGUACCCCGGAUGCCGGUAA